AUUUAGUUGAAAACGUCAUUUUGCGGUGUCUCAUGGCGCGCGCAUCAGGUAGCCUUGUCUAUAUAAACCAUUCGGAUUUGGGAAUUACAAAACACACAACAAGAACAAAGUGAAAACCGGUUAAGCAAGUCUGCUGCAGAAUGGCCAACAUACUGAGACCCUGGUUGAUCCUCGUAGCCCUCGUGCUGUGCGUGCUGGUUUGUCUGGGCACCUUCACGGAUGCCUACUCGACCAAGCCGGUGAGCCCCGACAACAACGCGCCUCCGGAGGAAUGGGCCAGAUACAACACGGCGCUGCGACACUACAUCAACCUCAUCAACAGACAGAGGUAUGGGAAGAGGUCUGCAUCUGAGUCAGCUCUGGCGUGGUUGCUGUUCAGAGACGAGUCGGAAGGCGACUUAACACCACGUUUGGAUGGCAGUGAUCUAGGAUAAAUCUGGGUCCUGUCCCACUGGCAUGCUGCUCUGCUGUUCCACUCAAAUGGUGGGCCUUACAACAACUCAAAUAGGCGGCCAACUGGAAACCUUCACUGGACUGUGUGGCACACUAUUUAUUUUCGACAUGUAUGCAUGCAUCUCUCUCUCUUUCUCGCUCUCUCAUGCCAACACAUAAUUGUCUGAAUAUGUUUUGACAUAAUUUGUAAUUAAAUUAAACAGUGAAUAAUAAAUACAUGUGUUAUAAUA